GUAAACAACUUCCGUCGUCUGUUGUCAUUUUCUGGCAUAAUUUUGAGCACUUUGACUGUUGAGUGUUGGUCUAACUUUUUUGUCAAUCUAAUGUAAUGGAGGGUGGAUUUGAAGCGAGUCUUGUUACUGCUUUGAAAGAAGUGGUGGACAUCAGUAGAUGGCGAUGCGUAGGUCACACAGAUCUCUACAAAGGGAAGACUUGCACACGGUUAUAUUCUCUUGGACAAGAAGAAGAUGUGGUCAUUGUCAGACUGGCUCCGGACAAAUUCUAUGCACUGGGUGCUGACUGCCCCCAUGAAGGUGGGCCAUUGGAUCUUGGAGACAUUGAGGACAUAGAUGGCCACAUGUGCAUCGUGUGCCCCUGGCACGACUACGACUUCCGAUUGGACAAUGGUGACUCCACGUCAGGUCUCAAGCAACAAACGUUUGCUGUCAGGGUCGUAGACGACCACCUGUACGUCAAUACAAGUCUGGAGUUGUCUCACACAAAAGAUUCAGAAACACAAAGUGGCAACAAACAUGUCGAAGAACAGCAACCCACCACUAGCUCUGACAGUGAGGACACACUGUGCCACUGGGCUGUCCGUAUUCUCUGCACUGCUGAUCCUGCUGAAAAGGUUCGGCUAACACACGAGGUUCAGGAAAAAUGGCGGAGAGGAGACUUGACAGAAAUCGGGAGAUGUCAGCCGCCGGAUCAGCCCCAUCGCGCCGAGACGCUGAACGUCGUUGCUCCGGGACGAAUUAAGAGAGGCAAAGCAGGCACUCUGGGUAACCGUAUAGCCUCCUUGCAUUCCCUGGCCAACAUUGAGCAGUGGGCCAUCGACCUGUCCUGGGACAUCAUCGCCCGCUUUGCCGACACCAGGAUGGGUGACGGCAGCCCGCUACCCAAGGAAUUCUUCGACGACUUUGUCAAAGUAGCAGGAGACGAAGCAAAGCAUUUCAAGAUACUGGAAGACAGACUUCAAACUCUUGGGAGUCAUUUUGGGGCUCUCCCUGUGCACAAUGGUUUGUGGCAGUCGGCCUCAGAGACCAAAGACAACAUCUUAGCUAGAUUGGCAGUGGUGCACAUGGUGCACGAAGCAAGGGGUCUUGAUGUUCAUCCCAAGACGCAGGAGCGCUUUGCCAAGCAGGGGGAUGAGGAUUCAGUCUCGGUCUUGGAUGUCAUUUAUACUGACGAGAUCACCCACGUGGCGGCUGGAAUGAGGUGGUUCACGUACGUCUGUCGACGUGCUGAGCCGCCGCAAGAGUGCAUCUCGGAGUUCCAUAGGCUCGUCAGGAAACAUUUCAGGGGUCUGUUAAAACCACCAAUUAACGAAGAAGGAAGAACUAUCGCUGGAAUGAGCAAAGAGUGGUAUGUGCCGUUAAUGCAACCAGCCAAUCAGGAUGCAGAUGCCAAGGAGUCCAUUUCUGCAGGGGGUUCAAGCUGAUAGCUGGGACUGUGCAGCAAAACAUCAUCAGCCCUACUUUCUUGCCAAAUGGACAAACUGGUGUAAACUGUGCAAUUUAUUUUUAAACUGAACAUUGACAUCGGGGUUUACCGAGGAGGAAGGUCAAGGGUUAGGGGUGAAAAGGUCAUAAACGAUAGGUUCGGUUUUUGAGUUACAAAAGGGAUCCUUAAAAAUGGUGUGGGCAGGGGAGAAAUAUGUGCCUCAGGAAAAGUUGCCUCUUAAAUUGGCAUUUUCUAAUGGUUCCUAUUGCAUGUUAUUUCGUGUACUUACAAAUAAAUGUGCAUCACUUGUAUACAUUGUAUAUUAUAUUUAAAACAACCCUAGUAUUUAUUUCAGGAAUGAGAUUGUCAAAUUCAAAAAUAGUCUGAAAAUUUCGGUGAAAAGUCUGAAAGAUGCAUUUCUUUCUAUGCUGCCGUCUUUCUCUCAGA